AGAAGAAGAAAAAAAAGAAGAAGAAGAAUUAUAUAGAUCAACAUUAACGAGCUCUCUACUGAAUAUGGGGUCAUACAGACGAAUAGAUUGUAUAUUUUUUAGUGAAUUUCAUCCAACUUUAGGACCAAAGAUCACAUAUCAGGUUCCUGAAGAAUAUAUUUCGAGGGAACUUUUUGAUACAGUGCAGGUGUACAUCAUCACCAAACCUGAACUGCAGAACAAGCUCAUAACGGUGACUGCCAUGGAGAAGAAACUAAUAGGUUGUCCAGUGUGCAUUGAGCAUAAGAAGUACAGCCGGAAUGCCUUGCUCUUCAAUUUGGGUUUAGUCUGUGAUGCCAGGACAAAAACAUGUGCUUUAGAACCUAUUGUCAAAAAACUGUCUGGCUACCUCACAACUCUGGAGCUUGAGAGUGGAUUCAUUUCAAAUGAGGAGAGUAAACAGAAGCUGUUGCCUAUCCUGUCCACACUUCUGGAGGAACUUAAUGUUACAGGAGCCUGCACCCUACCUAUUGAUGACUCGAACACCAUCCACUUGAAGUUAAUUGAACAAAGGAAAGAUCCUCUGGUGGUUCAGGAGUAUGAUGUACCAGUAUUUACCAAGAAUAAAGACCACUUUAUAAAAUCACAAUGGGAUCUCACCACACAGCAGAUCUUACCCUUUGUAGAUGGGUAUCGACACAUUCAAAAAAUCUCAGCUGAGGCCGAUGUUGAGCUUAAUUUGGUGCGGAUUGCUGUUCAGAAUUUAUUGUAUUAUGAAGUGGUAACUCUGGUAUCCAUAUUCCAGUACUCAAAUGUUUACUGCACAACACCUAAAGUACAAAACUUAAUAGAUAAGAAGUGCCUUCAGGAAGAGUGUAUCCACUAUGUCAGUAAGCUAGGCCAAAGGACAAAUCUCAGGGACGUAUUCCAGUUGUAUUGUGGUCUGACCCCAGGUACGACUGUACGUGACCUCUGUUCCCGCUAUUCUCACCAGCUACAGAGGGUGGAUGAAAGGAAGUUGAUUCAGUUUGGCUUGAUGAAAGGUCUGAUUCGGCGCCUGCAGAAGUAUCCAGUCAAGGUUGUUAGAGAUGAGAGGAGUCGUCCACCUAGACUUUAUACUGGCUGCCAUAGUUAUGAUGAAAUCUGUUGCAAAACUGGAAUGAGUUAUAAGGAGUUGGAUGAGCGUUUGGAGAAUGACCCUAACAUUGUUGUUUGCUGGAAAUAAUGUUGCAGAGUCAGAAUUAUAACUACAGACUAUUUCAGUUAAAGAAAUCAUUUGUAACUUGAGAGAAACAGAUCUGGUCCUGGUUCUUUGGCAGUCUCAGACUUUUUGUCCUGUACCUUUAUUUAUUGUAAAUCAAUUGCCCUUUAUGUAUAUUUGAAACCAUUAUAGGUCAAAAUAUGAACACAGAAAUUGAAGAAAAAAAUAAAAAAUAUUGCAAUGAUUUAAGAUGCAUAAAUGCAAAAAUGACUGUUUCUACAUGAAAAACUAGGUCACUGGUUUUUAAAUAAUUUAUGGUUUAUUAUAUGGCUGGGUAUAGUGAGGUCUAAUUCUAUAGUAUGUUUUACCACAGUUAAAAACAUGCUUCAACAAAACAAGUUUCUUACUC